AUGGUGAGGAAACAAAAGGUCAAGGAGUCUAAGGAAUCCAAGAAGACUGAACACUUUGAAGAUCUUCUUGGCGAUGGCCCUGAAGAGCAAGAGUUGUCGGUGUCAAAGAAAUAUGCAAAAAAGUACAACGAGAAGAUGGACAAGAUUGAGGCGGCUCGAGCCGCAAAGAUCUUGGCAGAUGAAGAUAUUGCUAGCAAUAGUUCUGAAGAGUCCACCGAAGAUGAGAACGCGGACUUGCUGACUGGGAAAGUCGAAACAAAGAUUUUCGAUACUUUGUCAAGGAUCAAGGCCAAAGAUCCAAGUAUCUAUGACAGCAAAACGACCUUCUUUACUGAUGAUGACUUCAAGGCGGAGGCUGCUUCCAAAGGAAAUCAAAAGAAAAGCGAAGAGAAGUCGACGUACAAGAAUUUUAUUCGGAAAACACUGAUGCAAGAGGGUGCUGAUGCCAUUGCGCGAGAAGAAGAGGAGAUGGAGAGCAAGAAGAAAAAGAAAAACAAGAAGACACCUGCUGAAGAACAAAGAGAUCUUCAAGCGGAAAUCCGUGCCGCUGCAAAUUCUGCCGAAACUGAUGAUCAAGACCUUUUUUCCAUCAAAGAGCAGACUGCUGAAGAAAGGGAACAGCAGGAUGAAGAAUUUGCGCGCUUCCAAGCAAAGUCAGAGCGAAGAGCUGACAACGCAGAUUCAGUGAUGUCGAACUACUGGCGUGCUGAUGAAGACCUGGAUGAAGAUGAACAAUUUCUGCGCGACUAUGUGAUGAACCGUCAAUGGCUUGAGACCGAUUCCUUGCAGCCUGCUUCAACCAAAGACGCAUUGGACAUGGAUCUUGACGAGGAGCAAGAUGAUGACCAUUUGGACGAGGCAGAUGAAUUUGAAAAGGACUACAACUUUCGUUUUGAGGUGGAAGCGGGAAGGCAGAUCCAGGGUCAUGCACGCUUCCCUGAGAAUUCCGUGCGCGAGAGAAAUGACAAAAGGAAGAGACAGCGGAAAGAAAAAGCAGAGAGGAAAGACGCCGAAAAGAUCCGACGGACAGAAGAGUUAAAGAGAUUAAAGAAUCUCAAAAAGCAGGAGAUUCAGCGACGGCUUGAACAGAUUCGUGAGAUCACAGGAAAUGAAGAUACAGGCCUCGAGUCUACUGACCUUGAUAAAGACUUUGAUCCUCAGAAGCAUGAUGAGACUAUGGCCCAAGUUUUGGGUGAGGACUAUGAUGAGAAAGAAGAGGUCUUAUCAUCCAAGGAACUUGUUCGGGGACACAGCGGGUAUACAGAUCUUGAUGUAUCAAGCGCUGCUGCGGAAGGUUUGCAGAAACAUUGGGGUGUUAGUCCUGAACAGCAGGAGGACGGCGAGCAAGAUGAUGGAUACAGAAAUGAAGAGGUUGAAGAUGGUACAAAAGAAGAAGAGGAAGAACAUCCGGACCUUUGGUUUUUAUGUGAUGGAUGCAAGCUGCCGAUCCCAGGAGGAAAGAGACGCUUUGACUGUGCGGUCUGUGAGAACUUUACAUUAUGUAUUAAAUGCUUUCGCAUUCGUCGCCAUCCGCAUAAAUUCAUUCGACGACGGGUCCCAGAAAGUUGCACACCACCAGAGGACUUCAAAGGAAUGCAGUUCGGAACUGGUGACGGGGACAAGUCUUUGGAUGAAUACUUCCAGCUCGACUAUGAGGACAUUAUUGGUGGAGACUUGCCGACCAGAUUCAAGUAUCGGAAAGUUGAGCCGAACGACUAUGGCAUUCCGGCACAUGUGAUUUUGUCGAAAACCGGCAAAGAGCUGAACCAAAUGGUUUCUUUGAAGAAACUUCGGCCAUAUCGAGAGGAUGAGGAGGGAUACCAAUCCAGCAAAAAGCGAAAGAAGGAAGGCAAGGGGCAAGAAGGUAAGGGACGAGGAAAGGGAAGCAGCAGAGGUCGUGGGAAGGGGGACGGAGGAGACAAGGUGCAUGCCAAGAAGGGCUCAAAGAAGGAUCGGAAUGAGAAAGGUGACCAGGCAGCUGGAGAUGACAUCUUAAGCUCGACCCGAUUCAAAGCCUACAACCUAGAGGGUGACAAGCGUGCUGGCAAGCAACAAAAGCAGAAAGGCGGUUCAAAGACAAAGAAGCCCCAAAGCUGA